CCACACCAUCACGUCCUCUCUUACUACAUGGACGCCAUUGCCGACGAGCUCUCACAUUUCCUCGUGGAACGUCUCGAGCACAUAUCUGCCGAUGCUCGCCUCCUUGUAGGCAUCGCAGGCAUACCGGCGUCAGGCAAAUCGACUCUGUCGGUUCUCGUUGUGCAGAAGACAAACGAGCUGCUUAGGAAGCGCAGUUUGAUCGUACCACCUUCUCUUGCCGACAAUUCCCCUGACGAGAAAGCUGCUGCCGCAUCGCCCUCUGCUGUCCUCGUCGGACUCGACGGCUGGCACCUCACUCGUGCUCAGCUUGAUGCAUUUCCAGAUCCGAAGAUGGCUCACGAUAGGAGAGGCAUACAUUGGACAUUUGACGGCCCAGGCUACGUUUCUUUCGUGAAAGCCCUUCGUCGACCAUUCUCCCAUGUCUCUGCCCCCGUUAUCACCGCCCCUUCUUUCGACCAUGCGCUCAAGGACCCGUCACCAGACGCGGUCACGAUCCACCCGGAGCAUAGGAUAGUGGUCAUUGAAGGGCUGUAUACAUUUUUGUCGAUUGAUCCAUGGGUUGAGGCUGGGAAAAUGCUGGAUGAGAGAUGGUUUGUGGCGCUGGAUAUCGAAGAGGCGUCGAGGAGAUUGGUGAAGAGGCAUGUGGCGACAGGAGUAGCAAAGGAUAUAGAGGAGGCGAUUUGGAGGGCAGAGGAGAAUGAUAUGCCCAAUGGUAGAUUUAUCAUGGCGAAUAUGUUGGAACCGACGAGAACUAUUCAAAGCGUGGAUGAUCAAUUUUUUGCCUUCGAAUAA